GUCGCCACCUCCAUUUUGUCGGUAGAGGCGGAAGGAGGAGGUCGGGUCGGGAGGCAGAGGUGGUCAGCUGCUAGCUCCUCGGUGCCCGUGGGCUUUGUUCGUUCCGUGCCUCGUCUCUCCCUGGAAAGGGAGGGGGGCUUCGACGCCGAGCAGGAGCCGCCGCCGUCCGAGUUUGAAGUCGCUAGGACUUCUCUCAAACUUGUGUGCUGAGGAGACUCAGAUGUUGGCCUCAGCUCCUAGGCUGAACUCAGCAGAUCGGCCCAUGAAAACUUCUGUAUUGAGACAAAGGAAAGGAUCCAGCAGAAAGCAACAUCUAUUAUCCUGGGCUUGGCAGCAAGGAAGGGGACAGGUAGUGGAAAUCCUGCAAUCCGAGAAACAGACUGAAAGGUGACAAAGAAGCUGAAGAUGGGUGGUGGAGAGAGGUACAACAUUCCAGCCCCUCAAUCAAGAAACGUUAGUAAGAACCAGCAACAGCUUAAUAGACAGAAGACCAAGGAUCAGAAUUCCCAAAUGAAGAUUGUUCAUAAGAAAAAAGAAAGAGGACAUACUUACACCUCAUCAGCAGCUGCACGGCAGGCCAUGCAAAAUGGGGGGAAGAACAAAAAUUUUCCAAAUAAUCAAAACUGGAACUCUGGCUUAUCAAGUCCUAGCUUACUUUUUAAGUCUCAAACUAAUCAGAACUAUGCUGGAGCCAAGUUUAGUGAGCCACCAUCACCAAGUGUUCUUCCUAAACCACCAAGCCACUGGGUUCCAGUCUCCUUUAAUCCUUCUGAUAAGGAGAUAAUGACAUUUCAACUUAAAACCUUACUUAAAGUACAGGUAUAAAAUAAGAUAAAAUACUAAUGUUUAAAUUUAGUUAUAUUUCAAGGUAGUUGUCCAUUGUUUCAGGCCAAAUUCACUAGGGAAUUAAUCUAUUUGUAAAACUGCUCAUGUAGAAAAUACAAUUAGACUUCAUCUUAUCUAUUUUACAUGCGGUGUGCA